AAGAUUUUCAAAUUUUCAGGAGACGGCCGACCAGCUUCCCUGUCUCAUGAAACAUGUAAAACUCGCAGCCUACCUUCUCAAUCCAUUCGGAGCUCUUCCCACUAACUUGCGAUGGAUUUGCUCGCCUGCUCGUCAGUUUUUUCUGCAAGAUGCCGAAUUCGACGCCACCCAUUUGGCCGGGUCCUGUUCGCGUUUGGCUUCCGUCGACGCCGAUCUCCGCGAUGGCUUCUCGAGCUUCAAUCGGCCGGAGAAAACACUCUCUCUCUUUUUCGAAGCAAGAAAUUGUGGAUUUUCGAUCGAUGAUCUUCAAUUGGUUCAUGCAAUUAAGUCUUGCUCUUCGCUUUUGGCGAUCAACGAGGGCGAACAGAUUCACUCCUUCGUAACAAAGGCAGGUUUCGAGUCGGACCUGUAUGUUAGGAACGGCUUGAUCAAUCUGUACGCGAAAUGCGGGAGAAUUGAGAUAGCUCGUGGGAUCUUCGACAUGGGUCUUCCUUUGAGUUUGGCGUCCUGGAACACGAUGAUCUGUGGAUACGUGAAAUUGGGUAGAAUGGAGGAUGCACGAAACUUGUUUGUCGAAAUGCCUGAACGAGACUGUGUUUCAUGGACGACCAUGAUUAUGGGCCUUGAUCAAAGUGACGACCCGGUUGGCGCCAUCUCUAUGUUUGGGCGUAUGUGCACGGACGCGGUAAGGUCAAAUGAGGUCACUAUAGCAAGUGUGGUCUCUGCUUUCUCGAGGAUUGGAGAUGUCCGUGGUGGCCGGGCGAUCCAUGCUACUGUCGUAAAACUGGGUUUUGAGUUUCAGGUGUUGGUUUCUACGAAUUUAAUUAACAUGUAUAUAAAAUAUUCAAACCUGGACGAUGCUUGUCGAUUGUUUGAUGUGAUCCCUUGUUGGAAUAUCGUCACUUUGAAUGUAAUUCUCAAUGGUUAUGUGAAAUUAGGGUGUGUGGAAGAUGCAGAGAGGCUGUUUCUGAAUAUGCCUGAAAGGGAUGUCGUCUCCUGGAGUGCGGUAAUAGAUGGGUUCUUAAAAGCAGGCCAAAUUCAGAAAGCUUUCGAGUUCUAUGGCAGAAUGCAGCACGACAAUGUGAAACCAAACAAAGUCACAAUCACGAAUUUUCUUUCUAUCUGUGGAGACUUGCUCUUCCUGUUCGAAGGUCAACAACUUCAUGGUUUGGUCAUAAAGAUUGGCCUUGAUUCUUAUGACUUUAUCCACACUACAGUAAUUCACAUGUAUGCAGCUUGUGGCCGUAUGGACCUUGCUCAUCUGCAAUUUGUUAGUGGUGCAAAUCGAAAUAUCUCAGCCUCAAACGCUCUUAUUGCUGGAUAUGUCAAACACAACAGGCUCGACCAAGCUCGUAGGAUAUUUGACAGGAUGCAGAACAGAGAUGUCGUCUCCUGGAGCUCCAUGGUUUCUGGCUAUGCUCAAUCUGGCCAAUUUGAAAUGGCAUUACAUCUCUUUUAUGAUAUGCAGAAGUCUGGUAUCCGACCUAAUGAAAUCACACUUGUGAGUGUUCUUUCAGCAAUCUCAGGUUCUGGUGACCUCCGACAAGGGGUAUGGAUCCACGAGUAUAUAUAUAGAAACUCCAUUCCUCUGAAUGAUAAUUUAAGUGCAGGACUUAUUGAUAUGUAUGCAAAGUGUGGAAACAUCAACGAUGCUCUGGGUUUGUUUCAUUACAUACGUAACAAAUGCAAGUCUAUAUCCCCAUGGAAUUCCAUAAUCAACGGCUUGGCAAUGCACGGUUAUGCUGAGCAAUCACUAAGCAUCUUUUCCGACUCGCAGAAGAUUGGUCUCGAGCCUAACUCCAUAACUUUUAUUGGUGUCUUGUGUGCUUGCUGCCAUGCUGGUUUCGUGGAACUGGGGGAAGCGUAUUUCCGUAGCAUGACAAAGCAGUAUCGUAUUCAACCAAACAUCAAGCACUAUGGUUGCAUGGUUGAUCUUUUAGGCCGAGCAGGGCGGCUGGAAGAUGCGAAGGAGUUGAUAAAUAGCAUGCCUGUGAAGCCAGAUGUUGUUAUAUGGGGAAGUUUGCUAGCUGCAUGUAGGAGUCAUGGUGAUGUAGAGAUGGGAGAAUGGGCAGCCAAGUGCUUGGUUGACUUGGAGCCUAGUCAUGGUGGGGGAAGAGUCCUCUUAUCUAAUAUUUAUGCUGGAGCAGGAAGGUGGGAUGAAGUGCACCGAAUAAGAAGAGUUAUGCGGAGGAGGAAGGUCCAGAAAUUGGCGGCAUAUAGCGGUGUACUAUGAAGUUGAGGGGGUGCGGGUUACAUUACAAGGCACAGAAAUAGUGCAUUCUGCUUAGAACGCGGAGGCCAUCAGUACGAUUUUGACAUUCUUUUGUGGAAUAUGAACUUUCUCCCUUUACACUUUGAUUAGAUUAUGUUGGAAGUCUUCAAUACGAUUUUUUGCAUUCUUUUGAUGAA